AUGCAAGUCGAAACAGUGGAUGAAGAGUCUGCGCAGCCGCAGCGGAGCAAGAUCCGCCUCACUGCUAUUCUCACUGCCCUCUACCUUUCGCUCUUUGUCGCAGCUCUUGACCAAACGAUUGUGGCAACCGCUAUACCGACGAUCGCCGCUCACCUCCACUCCGCAGCUGGCUACACCUGGAUCGGUGGCGCGUAUGUUCUCGCCAAAGCCGCCACCAUGCCUCUCUGGGCCAAAUUCUCCGACAUUUGGGGCCGCAAGCCGAUUCUGCUCGCAGGCCUCGCUAUUUUCUUUGUCGCAUCCGUUGUAUGUGCCGCCGCACCGAAUAUGGCAGCCCUGAUCGCCGGUCGCGCGCUUCAGGGCGUUGGUGGCGGCGCCCUGAUGCAGCUGGUUACGAUUACGAUCAGCGAUCUGUUCAGUAUGAGGAGGAGGAGCUUAUGGAUGGUAUUCACAGACGUAACGUGGGCGGUGGCUGGCGGCGUUGGCCCCGUACUGGGAGGUGCGUUGGCGCAGUUGGUCAGCUGGCGGUGGGUAUUCUGGAUCAACUUGCCGGCGAUUGGAGCUGCUUUUGUUUUGGUGGCCGCAUGCCUGAACGUACAUGAUCCGAAGACGAAGAUGGCGGAUGGCUUCAAGGCUAUUGACUGGUAUGGGACUGUGGCCAUCUUGGGAUUGACCUUGAUGAUGUUGCUCGGGUUGGAUUUCGGGGGUGCCAUUUUCCCGUGGAGCUCACCGAAGGUGGUUUGUUUGCUGGUGUUUGGGGCACUGAUGCUGGGCUUCUUCGUCUUCAGUGAAAAGAAGUUGGCCGUCUAUCCUCUCAUGCCCAUGCGGUUGUUCAACCAAAAGUCAAACGUUGCAAGCUUGGUAUCAGGCUGCGUCACUGCCUUCGUUGCCGUAGCGGCUGAAUACUACUUACCACUUUACUUCCAGUCCUCUAAAGGCGCCUCACCCAUUCGCUCUGGCGUGCUAGUUUUACCACUCAUUUUGACCACAGCCUCCGCUGCAGCCAGCUCUGGCAUGCUCAUCCACCGCACCGGCGAAUACCGCUUAAUCCUUCAAGUGGGUAUGGUGUUCAUGACCCUGGGCGUCGGUCUCUUUACUUUGUUCAACACAGAUACCUCUAUUGCAACCAUUGUUGGCGUCGAGGUGAUAGCAGGCAUUGGUAUCGGCCUGUGCUUUCUGCCUCCUCUGAUCGCAUUACAGGCCCACGUUGUGCAGGAUGACACGGCUACAGCAACAUCGACGUUCGGCUUCUUGGGUAACUUGGCCAAUGCUCUAUCCAUUGUGAUCGGCGGUGUCGUUUUUCAGAACAGCAUGGAGUUACGGGUGAAAGCUCUCGCCCGUGCGGGGCUGCCGGCAGUUCUGAGCGACCAGUUAUCAGGACAUCAUGCCGCUGCGAAUGUCGAGCUUAUUGGAACCAUCAACGAUCCGGUGCUGAGGCAUGCUGUCAAAGAUGCAUUCUCUUGGAGCAUGAGGAACAUGUGGAUACUGUAUGCCUCCAUGGCGGCGUGCGGAAUCAUUGCCAGCUUCUUCCUUUCAAAGGUGGUUCUCAGUAAUGAACAUACGGAAACGAAAACUGGCAUUAAAAGGAAAGGACCAGAACCCGUUGCUGCCAGCAGCUGA